AUGAGCGAUGCGAUCCCGGGGCCCAGCGCUCUCUCCUCUUCGGUCGUGUACGCCUCCUUUCUUCCCUUCUGGAUCACCUCGUGCUGCUCCGCGUCACCGUACGAGAAAGGGCUCAUGCUCUACCUGCUGUACCUGAGCAAGGAGGAGCUGCGGCAGUUCAAGCAGCUUCUGGUGAGGCAGUUCAGCAUCUCCGCCCAGCCCGCCGGGGAGCAGCUGGAGGCCGCCAGCUGGGCGGAGCUGGCUCACUUCCUCACCCAGUACUUCCCUGGCCGGCAAGCCUGGGAUGUGACCCACAACCUCUUCGCCAAGAUGAACCAGCAGAACAUGUGCUUUCUCGUCCAGAAGGAGCUGAAUGAUCAACUACGAGAGUAUAAGCUGUGUGUGUUGCGGAAGUUUUUCCCCGAAUGGGACCGUAUUGCUUGGCCUGGGAACCGCGUGGACUUCUUUUACCAAGAAGUGCACAAGCACAAGACGUUCUUACCCUGUCUGUUCCUACCCAGAAAACCCCAGGGGAGACCAGCCAAGACGAUCAUCAUAGACGGCGCUCCUGGCGUUGGGAAGACAACCCUGGCCAGAAAGCUGAUGGUGGCGUGGGCGAGGAAUCAGUUCUACGUCCACAAGGGCUGGUUCGUGUUCUACUUCCAGUGCCAAGAGGUGACUGGCGUCGGGGAGCAGAGCUGCUCGGAGCUGAUUGCGCGCCAGUGGCCAGGGUGCCAGGCUCUCGUGUCGAAGAUUUUGUCCAAGCCGGACCAGCUUCUGCUCCUCUUCGACGGCUUCGAGAAACUCACCCGGCCCCUCUUCGUGAGACAGCGCGAGCUGAGCGCCGACUGGAGCCGCAAGCUGCCCGGGGCCGUUCUCCUGAGCAGCUUGCUGAACAAGACGAUGCUGCCCGAGGCCAGCGUGCUUCUGACCAUGCGAAUGAACUCGUGGUGGGUGGUGAGGCCCCUGCUGAAGAGCCCCUUUUUUGUCACCCUCCGAGGGUUUACCAUGAUGGAGAAAAUCCGGUACCUGCGGACGUAUUUCGGGAACACGGAGGAGGGCGAGCGCGCGGUGGACUUUGCCAGGAGGAACACCAUCCUCUUCUCCCUGUGCCGGGUCCCCGCGCUGUGCUGGAUGGUCGGCUCCUGUCUGAGACAGCAAAUGCAGGCCGGAGUGGACCUGGCCGAGGCUUGUCCCAACGCCACCGCCGUGGUCGCCCUGUACGUCUCCAGCUUGUUCCCUUUCAGGGCGGAGCCCCUGCCCGGCAGGACUCACCUGGAGCACCUGGAGGGGCUGUGCCACCUGGCUGCCCUGGGCAUGUGGAGCAUGAAGUGGGUGUUCGGUAAGGAGGAUCUGGAGGAAGCCAAGGUGGAUGAGCUGGACGUCUCCAGUUUUCUCGGCGCGGACAUCCUCCAGGAAGUGGAAGGCGAAGAGCCCCGGUACACCUUUGCCUUCGCCGUUUUCCAGGAGUUUCUCGCGGCUCUGUUCCACGUCCUCUAUUUCCCAGGGCGGCCACGCCCCUUCCACUUGCUGGGCCACGGAGACAUCCAGUACCUGAUCGCAAGUCCCGGCGGCAGCAGAAGCCACCUGGCUCACAUGGGGAUGUUCUUGUUUGGCCUUUUCAACGUCUCGUGCGCCGCCAUGGUGAGGCGGGUGUUCCACUGCGAGCUGUCCUGGGGAAACAAGAGGAAGGUGUUGCAGACCGUGUCCUUGCUGCUUGAAGGUGACCUGCCUGCUCUGUGCUGUGGGGUCCCGCAGCUGUUCUACUGCCUGACGGAGGUCCGGGAGGAGGACUACGUCAGCCAGGCCCUCUCGGGCUACCGUAAAGCCGUUUUGAAGAUGCAAAGCAAUAAAGAUGUUCAGCUCUCCGCGUUCUGCCUUAAGCGCUGUCGACGCUUGCAGGAGGUGGAGCUGACGCUCAUGGUGAAUUUCUCACAGGUGUGGUGGCCGGGCCCUGGGGACUCGCUCCACGCGGCUGAGAUACAGGAGAGUGACAUGCAGUACCAGUGGUGGCAAGACAUCUGCUCCGUGCUCACCACCAACGAGGGCCUCGCGGUGCUGACCCUGACCAAGAGCAUCUUGGAGGCCCCGCUAGUGAAGGUGCUGGCGGCUGCGCUGAGGCACCCGCAGUGCAAACUCCAGAAGCUCUCGUUGAGACACUUGGGCCCCAGCGUGCUGCACGAGGACUUGUUCUGCGUGUUGGUGGAAAACCGUCAUCUGAGUUGCUUGGAAAUACAGUACACGGAAGUGGGCACGGAGGCCAUGAGGGACCUGUGUGCAGCCCUGAGACACCCCCAGUGUGCUCUGCAGUGCCUGAGGCUGGAAUACUGCAUGGCCACCCCUGAAGAUUGGAUUGACCUUGCCAAGGGUCUACAAAAUGACAUCCACCUGGGGACUUUGCUGCUGAAAAGAAACCCCCUGGAGUCGUUCAUGGCGAAUUAUGUGUCAGCGAGUCGACUGGAACGGCUGUCGCUGGAGACUUGUAACCUCACAGGGCUUGCCUGCGAACGUCUCGCCUCCUCUCUCCAGCAAAGCAAGAUGCUGUCACACCUGAGCUUGGCAGAUAACCCCUUGGGGGAUGAAGGGGUGAAGCCUAUCUAAGGCCUAGAACAACUAGCGUGUCCUCUGCAGAGGCUGGUGCUGAGAAAAUGCGCUCUGACCUCUGCCUGCUGCCAGGACGUGGCCUCUGUCCUCUGUCAAAGUCAAACCCUGAGGAGUCUGGACCUCAGCUUCAACAGCCUGAUGGACAAGGGGGUCACCCUGCUCUGCGAGGCCCUGAAGAACCCUGACUGCAGCUUGCAGGUCCUGGAGCUGGAGCAGUGCCUGUUCACCUCGGUCUGCUGCUCGGCCAUGUCCUCCAUGCUGCUCAGCAACCCCAGCCUGCGGUACCUGGACUUGAGCAAGAACAGCAUCGGCCUCCUGGGCAUGCUCACCCUGGUCGGGGCCUUCCCGAGCCAACGGCAGAGGGACAAGGUCCUCCUGGAGAGAAAAGCAAAAGGGGAUGUGGAGAUGCUGGCGCGGCUGAGCGGCCCCACGGUGAAGAGCAACUACCUGAAGAUAGUGCAGGACUGGAACUCCUAG